GCGAGGCCUCUGCACUUAAAGUUGCUCCCCAAAAGCGGGGAUCCGUAGCGGACAAUCCAUACGCAAGCCAGUUGCGGGUCUUCCGCUGAGGUGGCCACCCGGAAAAAGAUUUUGGACGCGCCUGAGUGGUUCCACCACCCUCCUUCCGCGCGGGUUGCGGAGAAAGUGUUUCAAGUGACUGAGCCAUGGCCAGCAAUCAUAAACCUCCAGUAACUCGGCCUGUUUCACGAGGUGGAGUUGGAUUGACAGGAAGGCCUCCAUCUGGAAUGCGUCCCCCAUCAGGAAAUAUUCGUGUGGCAACUGCAAUGCCCCCUGCAACAGCAAGACCAGGCUCUCGUGGAGGUCCCAUAGGGAUAGGAGGAGUACUGUCUUCUCAAAUCAAAGUUGCUGAUCGCCCUGUAACACAACAAGGUUUGAGUGGAAUGAAAACUGGGAUGAAAGGUCCCCAGCGGCAAAUUUUAGACAAAUCUUAUUAUCUCGGUCUUCUUAGAAGUAAAAUAAGUGAACUUACUACAGAAAUUAAUAAACUUCAGAAAGAAAUAGAAAUGUACAAUCAAGAGAAUUCAGUAUAUUUGUCAUAUGAAAAGAGAGCUGAGACUUUAGCUGUUGAAAUCAAAGAAUUUCAAGGAGAACUUGCAGAUUACAACAUGUUGGUAGAUAAACUUAAUACCAAUACUGAAAUGGAGGAAGUAAUGAAUGAUUACAACAUGCUUAAAGCUCAAAAUGACAGAGAAGCACAAAGUAUGGAUACCAUAUUUACUGAAAGACAAGCGAAAGAAAAACAAAUUAGAAGUGUGGAAGAAGAGAUUGAACAGGAAAAACAAGCAGCAGAUGGCAUUAUCAAAAAUAUGUCUCCUGAAAAACAAGUCAAGUAUAUAGAAAUGAAAACUGCAAAUGAAAAAUUGUUGCAGGAACUAGAUACACUCCAGCAACAGCUAGAUUCACUGAACAUGAAAAAAGAGAGCCUGGAAGCAGAAAUAGCACACUCCCAGGUAAAACAGGAAGCAGUAUUACUGCAUGAAAAACUUUAUGAAUUAGAGUCCCAUCGAGAUCAAAUGGUUGCAGAAGACAAAAGCAUGGGAUCUCCAAUGGAAGAGAGAGAGAGAUUACUCAAGCAGGUUAAAGAAGAUAAUCAAGAAAUAGCUAGUAUGGAACGACAGUUAACAGAUAUAAAGGAAAAAAUAAAUCAAUUUAAUGAAGAAAUUAGACAACUUGACAUGGAUUUAGAAGAACACCAAGGUGAAAUGAAUCAGAAGUAUAAGGAGUUGAAAAAAAGGGAGGAAAAUAUGGACACUUUUAUCGAGACUUUUGAGGAAACUAAGAAUCAGGAACUGGAAAGGAAAGCACAGAUAGAAGCCAGCAUUGUCUCGCUUUUGGAGCAUUGCAGUCGGAAUUUAAAUCGUAUGAAGCAGAUAUCCUCUAUCACCAAUCAGGAGCUGAAAAUGAUGCAGGAUGACCUCAACUUUAAAUCUAAUGAGAUGCAGAAGUCACAAAGUACAGCUAGGAAUUUGACAUCUGAUAGUCAACGUCUGCAAUUGGAUCUACAGAAAAUGGAGCUUCUGGAAAGUAAAAUGACUGAGGAACAACAGUCUUUAAAAAACAAAAUUAAGCAAAUGACAGCUGAUCUGGAGACAUACAGUGAUUUGCCAGGUUUAAAAUCAUCUGGUGAAGAAAAGAAAAAAAAACUACAUCAGGAGAGAGCAAUAUUAUCAACCCACAGAAAUGCCUAUAAGAAAAUAAUGGAGAAGCUAAACAUAGAAUAUGAGACACUAAAAACACAAUUGCAAGAAAAUGAGACACAUUCUCAGCUUACAAAUUUGGAGAGAAAGUGGCAACACCAUGAGCAAAAUAAUUUUGUGAUGAAAGAAUUCAUAGCAACCAAGAGUCAAGAAAGUGAUUACCGACCAAUUAUGAAGAAUGUGACUAAGCAGAUUGCAGAGUACAAUAAAACCAUUGUGGACGCUCUACAUAGCACAAGCAGAAACUGAGUUUGAACCAACUGGAAGUCUAUAAAAGUAUCUUUUCGCAAAACUUUAUACAAGUUGAAAGAAAAAGAAAAUUUCCCUUUGAGGAAUUUUGUGUAAAAUUUUUUAUUGAUGGUGUCAUUUUUUGCAGACUCUUUGAAAAGCGGUAUAGCAUGAUAAUCAAUAGUCUAAGAAGUUUGAAGUUGCAAAAAUGUCUUCUUUUAUGAUAUUUGUGUUUGUUUAGCUGAUUAAAAAUGCCUCAAAGAAUUCUAAGAUAAACUAAAAGUGACCAUUGAGAUGCAUUUAGUCUGUAUAAUCCAUCUGACUUCUAACAGCAAAAGAAUGCAUCCUUUCAAAGUCAAUCGAAGAGAACUACAUGCAGGAGUGUCAUUCUGAUUUAGCACUUAGUCAACCUUGUCAGUUUUGCUUCUAGAAUAACUAAAAAUAGAAGGAAAAUAUUUUGUUUUGAGCUUCUCAAAUGGGGCAUGUCUGAUGGAUUGUAAGGCACAUAAAGUUGUAGGCAAAUAUGGGUCAUGUAUCAGUUACUAAUAAAGAU